UGCCGGUGUGCGUUCAGCAUUUUCUCCGAAUGCCACUAAAGAGGCAAACACGAGCAGGAAAGAGCUAACCUAGAAAAGAGUUGGUUUAAAGGGGCGGGCAUUUGGUUUUGGUGGUCGUGUGACGAAAACGUGUAAGCACCCUCUGUGCCACAGCUGGGUCUUUUAUUCUGUGCUUUAUGAAUUGAAAUGUACAAAAUGUACGGAAUUUAAAAAAAAAAACUGCUCGCCGUACAAAAACAGUAGUGUGCGCCACAGUUAGUAAAUCUUGGAAGUUCGCUUAGCGGCAUCGCCAUGGCACAGCAAGCAUGGAAGCGGAGGACAUCGCGACAUAAAUCAUAGUUUCUUGGGGGUGCUAAACAUUGCUGAGAUUCUCGGGUGCCACACUGGGAAGCCAAAGGGAACUACAGCGGUAAAAGUUAACGGCACUGGCAGAUUUCGUCUGUUAGUUGAAGCACACGGAGAGACAUGAGAAGCAGAGAGUCCACCUUGAACAUCUGGACGCGUUAUAUGCCAGAGGACAAUUAACAAAACAAAAAAAAAAAAAAGAAAGAAAGAAAAAUCCCGAAGGGUCUGGAAGGUGAAACACCCGGAUAAUCAGUGGGAAGAUCUCGCAGAGAAACGGGAAUGAGCCAACGGAACUGAUGAGAAGGACCCCCAAAGUGCUGGGCUUAUAAUGGAUUUCCGCAACACCAAUGGAAGUGAGAUCAUGAUGGAGAAUGAAACAUCCACUUUGUUCAGCUUAAACUUCCCAUCUUGGGAAGACUUCAACAGCAGCAUCGACGACAUCCGUUACUUUGUGAUCGGUCUUUACACCUUCAUAAGUCUCCUUGGACUUUUUGGAAACGUUCUUGUACUGCUAGCACUGAUAAAGAAAUGGAAAGAGAAGACCGUGAUUAACUUUUUGGUGGGCAUGUUGGCAUUUUCAGACAUUCUGGUCGUCAUAUUUUGUUCACCUUUUACGUUAACCUGUGUUCUGCUUGAUCACUGGGUGUUUGGGGACAUCAUGUGCCAUAUUGUGCCCUUCCUGCAGUGUGUGUCCGUCAUGGUCUCAACGUUAGUCCUUAUGUCCAUAGCAAUGGUUAGAUACCACAUGAUAAGUCAUCCUUUAUCUCGACAUCUAACGGUAAACAACGGAUAUCUGCUUGUGAUUAUUAUCUGGUCUUUAGGCCUAUCUAUCUGCUCUCCUUUGCCCAUUUUCCACAAAAUUGUUGACCCAAGUGAAACAUUCCAUCUGGAUUCUUGGAAAAAUAAACAGUUGUGCAUUGAGUCCUGGCCUUCAAGUUCCUACAGAAUCGCAUUCACCAUCAGCCUGCUCUUUGUUCAGUACAUUCUGCCAAUCGUCUGCUUGACCAUAAGCCAUGCCAGCGUCUGCCGAAGAGUCUGCAGCAGCAUCCCCAACCCACAGGUCCGACCUGAAGAAAAUGAAAUGAUCAACUUGACCCUGCAGCAGCCAGAAGGCCAAAGUUGUUCCUCGCCACAGCUCUCAAACUCUGAAAGACUCAUGCUGGCGAUACCAAAAAAGCAAAAAAGGAGAUACAGUAAAAAAACCUGCAGUGUGGUCCCGGCCAUAUACAAUCAUGAUUCAGGGUGCAAUGGGCAGCCAAAUUAUAGACAAAGGAGCCAGAACCCCUCAAAUGGUGCCCUCCUGCCUGGGGUACCUGUGUGUUUUGAACUGAAAACCGAGGAAAACGCAGACUUGCAGAAGGUCCUCCACCUUUCAAAGUCUGUCACAAGGAUGAAGAAGCGCUCAAAGAGUGUCUUCUACAGGCUUACCAUUGUCAUCUUAGCGUUUGCUAUCAGCUGGAUGCCACUUCACAUUUUUCACCUUGUAACUGAUUUCAGUGCAAAUCUCAUCUCCAGCCGGCACUUCAAGCUCGUGUACUGCAUUUGCCAUCUGCUGGGAAUGCUGUCAUGUUGUCUUAAUCCAAUUUUAUAUGGGUUCCUCAACAAUGGGAUCAAAGCUGAUUUAAUGUCUUUAAUUAAAUGUUUCCCUGCAUCCUAA